AUGGAAAACGAAAUAAAAUAUGAUUACCUCUCUGGUGAUACCAUUAACAAAGUAAUGGAAAUAAUUACUCGUGAAACGCCAUUCACGCCCGUCAAUGUGAAUUUAAUGGGCAUCUACAAUGAAGACAAUGUUUACCCAUUUCCACCGAUACUUGAAAAACAUUUGCAAGUAUUAUCCGAUAAGGAAUCUUCGUUUGUUGGUGAAAUAUCACACUGGGUAACAUUUUACUAUGAUGGUACAGUGAUCCAUGUUUUUGAUAGUCUUAAUCGUAAAAUUGUGACCAAGGGUCAAAAACUUUUUUUGAGUCAAAUUUUAGGACGAGAUUGUGAUUUUGAAUUUCACACAGUUCAAAAUCAAACGAACGGAUUGGACUGCGGUGUUUACGCAUUAGCGUUUGCAACGGCCAUAUGUGUUAAUUUAGAACCAAAAAACGAAACGUAUGUGUCUUCUGUUAUGCGUGGUCAUAUCUUAAACAUGAUUUCAGCGAAUAAAGCAUUGCCAUUCCCCACUGAAUCCCAGUUGGUGAAUGAUUCUCUGUCAAUUGGCGAGUGUUUCUCAAUAGGUAAUUCGAGUGUCUCAAUCAAACAUGAUAAAAACAAAACUGCUCAAGGCAGGCCGCGAAAAAUUUCAAAAACAGGUAGACCGAAGGUUGAAAAAACUGAAAAUACAGGUGUGAAAAAAGUUGAUACGAAAGUGAGAGGUAGACCAAAAAAAGAAAUAAAAAUUAAUGAUGAGGAAAAGGUUGAAAAGAAAGCAAGAGGUAGACCAAAGAAAGAAGUUGUGUGUGAUUCUGUUGAAGUUUGUUCCGAAGUAGUUGCAAACAAUGCAACAAAGAGAGGUCCUGGCAGGCCAAAAAAAAAUUGCUCUGUGAAAUUUGUUGAUGUUUCCACUAAAAAUACUCGAGGUAGACCAAAAAAAAAAGUUGAGGGUGAUUCUGCUGGAGAUUGUUCUAAAGGAUUUCAAACUAAAAAAGACAUUUUAACUAAAAAAGCUCCAGGUAGACCUAAAAAAAAAGUUGUGAGUGAUUCUGCUGAAGGGAGUUCUGAGGUAGUUCAAACUAAAAAAGCAAGAGGUAGGCCAAAAAAACAAAUUGAAUGCGAUUCUGUUAAAGUGCCAAAAAUCGUUAAGAAAUCAGAAUCAGAAAAUGUAUCUCCAGAAACUACUUAUUUUUUACAGAAAAUUUCACUCGAUGAUUGUUACAAAUGUCCUCAUUGCAAUAGUAGGCUUUUUAUUGAAGAAUCUUCGAAACUGAUGUGGUGUUGUGGCAAUGGCCGAAUUCACAUCAAAUUGCCUCAGUUAAAUGCUUCUUUUUAUGAUGAGCCACAAUUUUUAUCACAUUCUCGAGCGUAUAAUAACUUAUUUGCAUUUUCAGCCAUGGGUGUUUCUGAGGGUUUUCAAAUACCAAAAUCAGGACCAUCUUUGGUGAAAAUACAAGGAAGGAUUUACCAUCGAGUGUUUGAUUUAAAUUAUAAAGGUAGUGUGAAUAAUUCAUCUCUGUAUAUUGAUGAUGGUAAGGAGCGUUUGAAAAUUGCUGAGAAUGAAAAAUUAGAUAAAAAUAUUAUAGAUCAGAUUUCGAAAUUUUUACAUGAGGUCAACCCUUUUAUUUCAUCUUUAAAACAACUACAUAAUGAAAAAUCGGAAAAUGCUCAUUUAGUGUUUGAAAAAACGAGCCGAAAAACCCAUGGUCCUAUUUUAGGGGACAGACCAAGUUGUGCUGAAAUUGCUGGAAUUCUUUAUACUACCCCCAAUGCUGAUCCUAGGAAAGUCGUAAUCUGGAAAAAAAAUGAGAGGCAGCCUCAGUUUGUUCCCUUUCUAGACCCUGCUUAUGAGAGUUUACAAUACCCGUUAUUAUUUCCCCAUGGGUCAGCAGGAUGGUCUAUUGAUAUGCUGGAUGAUAAUAAUAGAAAAAUAACCCAAACCAAAUAUUACCGAUAUUUAUUAUUAUCAGAUUCGAGAUUCACCUCUUUGGAUAGGUUAGGACAGGAGUAUUUCGUGGACAUGUGGUGUAGAGUAGAGGAAGAAAAACUAAGGUAUAUUCGGUUUAACCAAUCAAAAUUUUUGAGGAUGGCGCCUAGGAGUGAGAUUGACGAGUCUAUUGAGGCUGAGGGGGGUCCAAAACCAGGUAAAGUUUAUCUUCCGAGCUCUUACACGCAUGGUCCACGAUACAUGCAAUUAAAAUAUCAAGACGGUAUGGCUAUAGUGAGUAGAUUGGGUAAGCCAACUCUUUUCAUCACAAAAACCUGUAACCCCAACUGGCCUGAAAUAAAAUCAAAUUUAUCUCAAAAACAAUCCCAUAUCGAUAGACCUGACCUGUGUGAUAGGGUAUUUAAUUUAAAAUUGAAUCGCUUGCUAAAAGAUUUAAAAUCCGGUAAAAUUUUUGGUAAAAUGGUGUAUAUUUUGUACGUUAUCGAGUUCCAAAAAAGAGGGCUCCCUCAUGCUCACAUUGCCUGUAGAGUGGAGCCCUCUAAUUUGACACAUGACGAAAUUGAUAAAUUUGUUCGAGCCACAAUUCCAGGUCCUGACGAAUAUGGUGGCAAAUUACGCGAACGUGUUCUAAAACACAUGGUCCAUGGGCCAUGUGGUUUAGAAAAUCAAAAUUCGCCAUGUAUGGAUAACUCGAAGUGUACAAAAAAUUAUCCUAAACCAUUUUUGGAAUGUACAUACACAGAUGAGCGAGGGUAUGUACAUUACAAAAGACCCAACAAACCCGAAAGCGUAGCCCUAAAAAAAAAUAGAGAAAUUAACAAUCAGUGGAUCGUUCCCUACAAUCCUGAUUUACUUAUGAUGUUUGAUUGUCAUAUUAAUGUAGAAAUUGCCUCGACUGUCAAAAUUAUCAAGUAUUUAUUUAAGUAUAUUCACAAGGGCCCAGAUAUGGCUAAAGUAUCUAUUGUUCCGGAUUCCAAUGAUGAGGUUGUAGAUGAAAUUGAAAAUUACGUUAAAAUGAGAUAUAUAAGUGCUUCUGAAGCAAUGUGGCGUUUGUUUGAAUUCGAUGUAUCAGGGCGUCAGCCUACUGUCAUUCCUCUACCUAUUCACUUACCAAAUGAAGAUAUAGUUAUUUUUGAAGAAGGUAAAGAGCAAGAAGCGAGUGAACGAAGUCUUUCAAAAUUGGAGUUAUAUUUUAGCCGGCCAAGAAGUGUUGAAUUUGAAAAUUUAACAUAUUUAGAAUUUUAUGAACAGUAUCGAUUGAGUGAAAAAAGAGAUUUUGAAUCCAAAAAAAAAAAAUUUGUGAAGAGAGUGCGUGGAGAAGUUGUAGCUAGAAUGUAUUGGUUAUCCCCAACCCUAGGAGAGAUUUAUUACUUGCGUAUGCUUUUAGGAAAGUUUCCAGCUUAUAGCUAUGAAGACUUGAAAAAAGUUGACGAAGUAUCUCUGGACACUUUUCAAAAAGCUGCGUAUGCUAAAGGAUUAUUGAGUGAUGUGAACGAAUAUGAGCAGGCGAUAGUGGAAGCUGCAGGUUUUAAAACGGGUCGUGAUUUGAGAAUUCUGUUUUUCAAUUUAAUAAUUAGUGGAGCUCCUUCAGUUAUUUUAUGGGAAAAAUUUAGAGAUCUUUUAUCUGAAGAUUUUUUAGACAAGUUUUCAAACCAUAGUGAGAGAGCUCAUAAUAAGUCUUUAUGUCACAUCGAUUCUAUGUUGAGAAAACAUGGCAAAAGUGCUGAAGAUGUAGGUUUACCAGUUCCUUUAGAUGAUUCAAAAGAAGUUGAUCGUGAAAGACAGAGAUGGAAUAAAGAUGAUUUGAAAGCGUAUGUUGAUUAUUGGGUUCCACUGUUGAAUGAUGACCAGAAAAGAAUCUAUGAUUAUGUUUGUGAGCAAGUUUUCUUGAAAAACAACUCUGUUCAAAUAUUUCUUGAUGGUGCAGGAGGUAGUGGGAAAACGGUUCUUUUAAGGUGCAUUACAGCAAACUUACGUUAUGAAUGUAAAAUUGUACUUUGCACAGCAUCAACGGGCAUUGCAGCUUUGAACUAUCAGGGCGGUAGCACAGCCCAUUCUAUGUUUAAGAUCCCUAUUGAAAAUUUAGAUAUGUAUCCAUCCUGUAAUAUUUUUAACCGAUCACAGCGUGCAGAGCUCAUACAGAAUGCCGAUCUCAUUAUUUGGGAUGAAGCCCCCAUGGCGCAUAAAUUCAAUGUUGAAGGGUUGAAUAAUACUUUGAAAGAUCUAAUGGGUAAUCAGCUGUCAUUUGGUGGUAAAAAUAUAGUUUUUUCAGGAGACUUCCGACAGAUCCCACCUGUUAUUAAAUACGGUUCAAAAGCUGAGAUUCUAAGUAGUAGUAUCAAAUUUUCGGAGGUUUGGAAACACAGUUUCCCAACGAUCUAUCAAUGA